AUGAACUUCACGCAGCACUAUGGAGUUCACGAACACCUUGGCUUGUGGAAUCGCAGCUAUGGACUACGUGGCGGAGGAGGCACAAAUCGAUCCCUGGGGAAGGCUUACUCUUCGGAAGGCUGCUACGAGCAACUUUUCGUCUCGCCCGAAGUGUUCGUCAUGCUGGGCUUUGUCAGCUUGCUGGAGAACGUGCUGGUGAUUGUGGCCAUCGCCAAGAACAAGAACUUGCACUCGCCGAUGUACUUCUUCAUCUGCAGCUUGGCGGUGGCCGACAUGCUGGUGAGCGUCUCCAAUGGGUCAGAGACCAUUGUCAUCACCCUGCUGAACAACACCGACGCAGAUGCGCAAGGCUUCACCGUCAGCAUCGACAACAUCAUCGACUCGGUCAUCUGCAGCUCUUUGCUCGCCUCCAUCUGCAGCCUGCUCUCCAUUGCUGUGGACAGGUAUUUCACCAUCUUCUACGCUCUCCAGUACCACAACAUCAUGACGGUGAGGCGUGUGUUCAUCAUCAUCACCUGCAUCUGGGCUGCUUGCACCAUCUCGGGCAUUCUGUUCAUCAUUUACUCGGACAGCAGCGCCGUCAUCAUUUGCCUCAUCACCAUGUUCUUCACCAUGCUAGUCCUCAUGGCUUCUCUCUACGUCCACAUGUUCCUGCUGGCCCGGCUGCACAUUAGGAAGAUUGCCAUCCUCCCUGGCAGCGGUCCGAUACGCCAGGGCGCCAAUAUGAAGGGGGCCAUCACCCUGACCAUCUUGAUUGGCGUGUUUGUUGUGUGCUGGGCUCCGCUCUUCCUUCACUUGCUCUUCUACAUCUCCUGCCCUCACAACCCUUACUGCAUCUGCUUCAUGUCCCACUUUAACCUGUACCUCAUCCUUAUCAUGUGCAACUCCAUUAUCGACCCUCUUAUCUACGCCUUCCGGAGUCAAGAGCUAAGGAAAACCUUCAAGGAGAUCAUGUGUUGCUGUAGCUUGCGAGAGCUCUGCGAUUUCUCUGGCAAAUACUGA